AUGGACCAAAAACAAACUGCAGCCAUAGAGAUGAACAAUGAAUCAGAUCAAGAAUGUGUUGAGCUUUUAGAUGAGAUUAUUAGGGCACCAAAACAAGACGAUGCAUCAAUGACCCUGGAUGUAGAUGCAGAAACAGGGGAUACAACUGAGCUCCAGAUACCUUUGCUUGCUGAUGAGAUGAAGGAAGACCCACAUCCACAAAACUUAGAUAAUGCAAAGAUCAAUGAAUAUAGCAUUAAUGAUGGUAGUGUGACUUGCAGUCUGUUACAGGAGGAAAGUGUAACAGUGCCAAAGACAAAGGAAAUCAGUUCUGAACAAAGUCUGCUUACUCUUGAUCUUGAUGAAGACACUCUUAAUGAAGAGUUGGCAUCUUCUAAAACAGAAAAGGAUGAUGUUGGACAUGGACUUCAUUCAGGCAUAGAGAUACCACAGGACACACCUGCAAUGGUCGAAGAAUUGUGCCAAACGGUGGCAAAGAGACAUUUGGGAAGGACCAUGGAAAUACAUUCUGAACAAAGCCUUGCUACUCUUGUUCCUGAGAAAGACAACACAGUGUUGGCAGCUUCUGACUCAAAGGAGGAUGUAGCUUCUGACCCAAAUAAGGAAGAUGCAGCUUCUGACUCAAACAAGGAAGAUGUAGCUUGCGACUCAAAAGAAGAUGUAGUUUCUGACUCAAAAGAAGAUAUAGCUUGUGACUUAAAGGAAGAUGUAGCUUGUGACUCAAAGGAAGCUGUAGCUUCUGACUCAAAGGAAGAUGCAGCUUCUGACUCAAAUAAGGAAGAUGCAGCUUCUGACUCAAAUAAGGAAGAUGCAGCUUCUGACUCAAAUCAGGAAGAUGAAGCUUCUGACUCAAAUCAGGAAGAUGUAGCUUGUGACUCAAAGGAAGAUGUAGCUUCUGACUCAAAAGAAGAUGUAGCUUCUGACGCAAAGGAGGAUGUAGCUUCUGACUCAAAUAAGUAAGAUGAAGCUUCUGACUCAAAUAAGGAAGAUGAAGCUUCUGACUCAAAUCAGGAAGAUGCAGCUUUUAACUCAAAGGAAGAUGUUGGGGAUUUAAUUGUAAAUGUUGAAAGACCAAAACAAGAUACUCAUUAACAUCUUAUGGUUGGACAUGGACUUCAUUCAGGCAUAGAGAUAGAGGCAUAGAGGCAUACAGGCAUAGAGAUACCACAGGACACACCAAUGGUCAAUGGUUCUUGUUCCUAAAUUUCCUUCGGGAUAAAUAAAGUAUCUAUCUAUCUAUCUAUCUAAUGUGGGUGUCAACUGGUUAGAAGACAUCAGUUUGGCAGUGGACAGUGAUGCCAUUCAUACUGGAGAAGAAUAUAAAUUGACCAGCCUCAAGUCAAAAAAAGAAAGAUGUCAUGGAUCAUCUUAAGCCAAGCAUACAAAGAACAGAGAACAUGUCUGCGAUUGAGCAAGUAGUAAUCACAGCGGUAAAGAGUCAGACCUGCAAUACUGUGACCAUGACGACGUAUAACUGUCAGCGUCAGCAGCUGAUCACCAGUGAUGAACAAGUGGAUUUAGACGAGGGCAUAAGUAGUUCAUCAGAAACCUCUACAGCAUCUACAGAUUCAACUAUACUGGGAAUACAACAUCUUUACACAUUUUAAUACAUCUAAUAGUGAAACUGUAGACAGGGUUCAACUGCAGGUUUCUGAGGACAUAGACGCUGAAGUCAAUACUGGAUUCCUGGACACCAUUCAUAGUGAACAGGACCAGGAUGUGCUCCAUCCUAAAUAAGAACGAAGGAAAAUAUUUUGAGAAAUCAUCAGAUGAAGCCAAUGAUUUAUUGUUUAAUAGACAGAGUCAUGGGGAUGUCUGAGCAAGAUGUAUACAGUUCUUCUUCACAAGCUGGUUCUCAGCAUAGAGUGACAAGAAAUACAGUGAAGCUUAUGCAAAAUAAAACAUCUAGCCAUACUGAAGGUGCUUAUAUUGUAUUUGUAAAGUAAGAAGAGAAUGAGACAGCCAAGUUCUGGAACAGCCAGCCAAGAGUCAGUGUCUUUGAGUAUCCAACCAAGAACUGUGGAUUCAGGAGGGGAGCACAAAUAAUCAAGUAAAGAUAUUAAACACAUUACAGAGCCUUCUUAAAAUCUUCCCCUAGUACAGGAUGGAGUUCAAUAUGAAGAUAAAGAAGUCCAGCAGAUGUUACACCACAAGCUGAGAUACUACAAAUAGAUUUAGUUGAAAGGAAAGCCAAUGAUUUGCAAUCAGGCUUAUCACAGGAAGGUACCUUAACAGCUAAAGGGGCCACAAUAAACAGUU